AGAAAAUGCUUUAAAGUAUUUGUUUUAUCCAUUUGACAUUAGCGAUCAAGUGACGCAGAUAAUAGUUACAGAGAUUGAAAAUGCUGACACUUAAUGUGUUUAAUCUGACCAUUGGCACACUCUCGGUCUUUGGUCCGCGGCUACAAGGUACACACAUGGAGGAUCUGCCAGGGCUUUCGAUCAAUUUGACAGAUACACACCGCGGUUCAUGUUCAUGUCCUACCGACCUUUACAAUGUCAAGAUAUGUCCUGCCAAAGAUAACUGUUGGAAUACCACAGAAGGUGUUAUAUAUCACGCGACGCCAGAUGGACAGUGCACUGCAUAUAUAAGCUGUGAUCAUCCUCCCUACAAUCGCUUAACAGUGCUACAAACCGAUGGUGAACUCUGGUCCUCUUCACAUUCUAAAGUCCUGGUCUUCUUCGUGUGCAAAAAUGGUGAAUGGAGACUCGGAAAGAGGUCAUACAAAGAUUACAACGUUCCAUUUCUCCACGUGGUCUGCGAUACAGGCAAAGAAACUUGACUUUUCGAGUUCAACAUUUGAGCAGCAAU